AUUUACGUAAGCCAAGAUACACAAAUCGACGCCAAGAGCAAAUCCAAGUAUUUUUCCCUUACUUAAAUGGGCCAACCAAAAUUGUUUCAAGCCUUUUCUAAUUAGAAAAGAAAGACAAAGUGACAUUCAAUUCCCUGUUUAAAUUCCAUGUUUUUGUGUCUCUCUUCCGCCGAGUUUUAAGCUGUUGGUUACUUCAACUCAUCAAAAGCGACCAACAGUAAACUAAGCAACACUCCAGACUUUCCGGGAAACUGAAGAAUGUUACAUGUUAUGAUGAAGUUGCAGAGAUGUUGAAGGAUUCAAGGCUUAUAGUCUAUUGAAGAAAAAACACCGGCAUUUUUCUUUGAACUCGUAAGGACUUUGAAAAGGAAAUUAUGGAUCAGGAUAACGAAAUUGACAUGGAAGAUUCUGAGUAUGGACAAUUUUUUAACAAUCUUGAGCAGUUCGGUUUUCAUCCUGAUGGCAAUGAUGAUGGUGAUGAUGAUGAUGAUGUUGUUGCUGCUGCUGCUGUUGCUGCUGAUGGUGGUGGUGGUGGUGACGAUGACAACGAUGGCGAUGGUGAGGAAGAAGAGCUGAAGAAGAAUCCUGAAUAUAAUUGUUUUUUGGAGAAUUUAAAACUGGAUGAGAAUGGGGAAUCAUACACGGUCCAAAUUCCAAUUAGUUCUGAUAUCUCACUUGUACUUAAGUAUGAGGGAAAGGAAGAAGAGUCCUUUGAGAAUGUGGAUAGGCAGACAAAUUCCAAGAGUAAUUUGAAAAGAGAAAAGGCUAAGGUUUCUGACAUUUUGGGUGGUUUUUCAAGGAAAGCAAGGCCUGAUACUGUGAAGAGACCUUUGGAGAUCAGAGAUGAAAGGAGUAAGAAAAAAUUAAGAAAUUCUCCUGGCCAGGAAAGACAAAGUGGAGAUAAUGAAAACAAACUAGAAGAGGAAGUUGAGGCUGAUCCAGUUGCUUGUAAAUCAAGUGGAGAACCAUCGAAGAUGAUGAAUUAUGCUAUUAAAGAUGAACAGUGCACUCAGUUUCUGGUUUCACUUGAUAAGUCUGGCACCAAAACUGAACCGAGCUAUGAAAAGGGUCUUCAAAGUACACAUCAGAAAAAUGGUGGAAGUUGUCCUGAUGUAGAAGUAUUUACAUUGGAUAAUAUGCCUUUAUGCAAAGGAGAUUAUACACCAUUUGUGCCAUCAAAAUGCUAUCAAUCAUUGGCUGGUGAAGAGUGUGGGGAUGGCAUCAGAAGUUCUAGUCCGUCUCAGUUCAGGGAGCAGCUUAUGGAUCUUCUUAAAACUCCCUAUAACCGAGAGGAGUUUCAAAAUCUUUGGCGAGAUGUAACUCAAAGAAAACCAGUGCAGGGUGUUAAAGACUUGCGCCAUGGAAGAAUGAAAUCAUAUUCAACCAAAACCGUUGGAAAAUCGUACCUUGAUUGGUACAGAGAUCUAAGAACAACAGUUGAUGAAUUCAGGCCUGAUACACGUAAAGUUUUAUGUCUCUUACGUGGAUUUUUCUUUUGGUUGAAGAAUACGGCUCAUGAAGGUGCAUUUAAACCAUGGACGGACCGGUCGUAUUUGAAAGCUUUGACUGACCAGAGAAAUAUCUGAACUGAAUCAAUAUUAUAAAGCAAAGGAUGGAAGCAGCUGUAGCAUUGGGCACGCAUGCAUACUGGUGAGGAUUUUGACAAUUAAUGAAUGGUAUGGCAUUCAGGCUUAUUAAAGUAAGUUUUUGUGUUUGGUGCAACUUUGUAAAUCAUGGUGCUUUUGAAACCGACGCUUAUUACAUGUGGCUAGUCUGUCUGUCUGUGCUACCACAACUGACCAUCGUUGUUGCAUACUAGUUUCCUUUAAUGUCUGAAUUAAUUGAAUUUCA